UAUUACUCGCGUCCGUAGGAUUUACCAUCUAUUCCUAGACCCACCCUACACGUGCCCCCUGGGUGGUGCCAAACGAGUAACAACAACAACGCCGAGCUACAGGCGGCGGUUAAGUUACCUGUCCCAUUGGUGUUCACACGCCAGGAGGAAUUAAAUACCCUCCGAAAGAGUGAUGCUAGAGCCCGGGAAACCUUAGCCACAUAUAAGACCCUAGGGGAAAAUAACCCCAAAUAAAAAAUUAAUUAUAGCCAUGGCUGCAGAACGUAAAGAAACAUUACCCCAUGAGGGUACCAGUAAUUCUGGAGAAUCCCUCCCUGAGUUAAACUCAGGCUGCUCCCAUCGUAUUCUGGGGGGGAGCAAUGUUAUGCAACCACUGGAGUUCGAAGAAACAAGAAGAGUUACUGAAGAAAGAAGAGCCAAUGAAGAAGACAAAAGAAAACCAGAAGAUAGAAGACCAAAUGAAGAAGAAAAUAGUAUUAAAAUCAAAAAAUACGCGAGAACCACUUACGUCCAACAAACUUUCCACAAAAGUAUGUUCUUAAAAACAAGGCCAAACCCAAGAAUUGAGUCACCUAACAGGCAGGAUAAUACUCUGCAUUGCCUAACACCUGACAUGUCCCCUGAUAAGGAUACAGAGACUAGAACACCUUCUAACCCCCCUGAUUGGCAAAGAAUACCUGUUGCAAGAAGCAACAAACGGAAAAAGCUGUCACAAACUCCAUCUCCAGAGGGUAUAGCCACUAGAAAUAGUUUUAGUAACUUACCAAUUGAUGAAACUGAAUCGCAUAAUAUAGCACAAGAAAAGCGCGUCAGCAAACCACCACCAAUAAUCUUGUAUGGAAUUGAUGACGUUAACAAACUGACUCAGCUACUUGAAUCUGUCGCUGACAAAAACUGUUUUAGCUUUAAAAUAGUAAAUAGAAACCAACUCCGAAUCAGCUGUAAAGACGUCGAAACAUAUAAACACAUAAUAACAACUGUUAGAAGCAAUGGACUAAUUGGUCAUACCUUUAACAUCAAAGAUCAACGUCUAUAUCGAUUGGUAAUCAAAAACUUACACUAUACAACCCCACACACGGAAAUAAUACAGGAAAUUGAAAAUACUGGUAACAAAGUCUAUGGCGAGAUAAUUAACGCAAAAUAUGGGUCAGACAAAAAACCUACAUCAACCUUCUUUGUUAAUAUUGUUCCGGGUCCCAAUAACAAGGAAUCAAAAAUAUAAGUUACAUUUAUCCCAAGUCUGUCACUAUUAAAGAUCCCAAAAAGAGAACAACAGUUCCACAAUGUCAGAGAUGCCAACAAUACGGCCACUCAAAGAAUUAUUGUAUGCGUCCUUACCGUUGUGUAAAGUGUGCACAAGGCCAUAAAACAUCUGAAUGUCUAAAAAAAGAUCGAAACACCCCAGCACUAUGUGCUCUAUGUCAAGGAGCCCACCCUGCUAAUUACAAGGGUUGCGAAGUGUACCGUGAAAUAUUGGCAAGAAAAGUGACAAAGAAGAUUUCCACCCAACAGAAGAUACCCGUACAAACAGAUACUGUCCAAGAGCCGCCAAUCCAGCCAAAACAAACAAAUGUAACUUACUCAGAUAAAGUAAAAUACAAACAAGAAGAUCCCACAGCUAAGGACACCACAAUUUUAAAACUAGAAAAACUAAUACUACAGCAAUCGGAGAAGUUCGAAAUAAUCUUACAACAGAUGAGCACCCUUAUAGGACUCAUAACAACUCUUGUCACCAAAAUGAAAAAAUGACUGCGUUCAGACUGGCGACAUGGAAUAUUAAUGGCUUAGCACCAAACAAACAUGAACUAGAGGCACUGAUAUAAUUAAUCACAAAUUAGACGCUG